AUGGACGCCAACCUACCCAGCACCUUCCUGCUCAACGGGCCGGCGCUGGGCCCCUUCCCCGAGGCCAAGGCGCCCGUGUGCCAGUACUCGGUCCAGAGCUCCUUCUACAAGCUGGGAGCCCCAGCGCUGGGCGCCCAGCUGGCCGCGGGCACCCCGCACGGCAUCUCCGACAUCCUCAGCCGGCCCGCGGCGACGCCGAGCGGCGGCCUCCUGCCCGGCUACCCCCACGCGGGCGGAUUUGGCGGACUGAGCUCCCAGGGCGUCUACUAUGGGCCCCAGGUGGGGGCCUUCCCCAAGGCCGGCGGCGAGUACCUGCCGCGGGGCCGGAGCUGCUGGGCGGAGGCCGCCCCGGACUGGCGCGGCAGCCGGCAGUGCGGCGGCCCCCCGGCCCACCUGGCCGACAGCAUCCACAAGAAGAAGCACACGCGCCCGACCUUCACGGGCCACCAGAUCUUUGCGCUGGAGAAAACUUUUGAGCAGACCAAGUACCUGGCGGGGCCGGAGCGUGCCCGGCUGGCCUAUUCCCUCGGCAUGACGGAGUCCCAGGUGAAGGUGUGGUUCCAGAACCGCCGGACCAAGUGGAGGAAGAAGAGCGCCCUGGAGCCCUCCUCUUCCUCACAGCGGGCCGGGGGUGCGGGUGGGGAGCGGGCAGCCUCUGAGACCGAGGACGACGAGUACAACAAGCCCCUGGACCCUGACUCGGACGACGAGAAGAUCCGGCUGCUGCUGCGGAAGCACCGUGCCGCCUUCUCGGUGCUCGGCUUGGGCUCGCACAGCGGCUGAGCGCUGCCGCCGCCGG